UGGCCUUUGCUCCUUUGGUUCUUUCUUUGUUUCUUUGAUCUUUUAUGCUUUGUGUUUUUUAAAGUGAAUUUCAAAAAAAGAAAAAAUAGUUUGAAUAAUUGAGAGACUGCAAGAGUUUUAACAGUAUGGAAAUAAAGAAUUUGAUGGUGUUUACACUGGGGUUAUUGAUUUUGACUUUGAUUGGGGUUUGCUCUGCUACUCUUUCUCCUACUGGUAUAAACUAUGAAGUGGUUGCUUUAAUGUCCAUUAAGUUGAAUCUACACGAUCCCUAUAAUGUUCUCGAAAAUUGGGAUUCGAAUUCGGUUGAUCCGUGUAGUUGGAGGAUGGUUACCUGCACUUCAGAUGGAUAUGUUUCUGCCUUGGGACUUCCUAGUCAGAGCUUAUCCGGGACCUUAUCGACAUCCAUCUGGAACCUUAGCAACUUGCAAUCAGUGUUGCUUCAAAAUAAUGCUAUUUCAGGUCCCAUUCCGUCUACCAUCGGAAAGUUAGAGAAGCUCGUAACUCUUGAUCUCUCGAACAAUACUUUCAGUGGUGAAAUACCUGCUUCCUUGGGAGACUUGAAAAACUUGAACUAUUUGCGGUUAAACAACAAUAGCCUAACUGGAACCUGUCCGGAUUCUUUGUCUAAAAUCGGAGGCCUCACUCUUGUGGACCUAUCUUACAAUAAUCUGAGUGGUUCUCUGCCAAAAAUCUCAGCAAGGACUUUUAAAGUUGUUGGCAACCCGUUAAUUUGUGGACCUAAAGCAAGCAACAACUGUUCUGCUUUCUUCCCGGAGCCUCUUUCUCUCCCACCGGAUGGUCUAAAAGCUCAAUCAUACUCCGGAUUGAAGGGCCAUCAUGUAGCUGUUGCUUUUGGCGCUAGCUUCGGUUCAGCUUUUUUCAUCGUACUGUUUAUGGCGUUAUUUGUUUGGUGGCGAUAUAGACAAAACCAGCAGAUUUUCUUUGAUGUUAAUGAACAAUAUGUGCUGGAAGUAUGCUUGGGCCAUUUGAAAAGGUAUACAUUUAAGGAGCUUAGGGCUGCUACUGAUCAUUUCAACUCAAAAAAUAUUCUCGGGAGAGGUGGAUUUGGGAUAGUGUACAAGGGAUUAUUGAAUGAUGGGACUUUGGUGGCUGUUAAAAGGCUGAAGGACUACAAUAUAGCCGGUGGCGAAAUCCAAUUUCAGACAGAAGUAGAGACGAUAAGUUUAGCCGUCCAUCGCAAUCUUCUCAGGCUAUCCGGAUUCUGCACGACUGAGAAUGAAAGGCUCCUGGUUUACCCCUAUAUGCCAAAUGGAAGUGUAGCAUGUAGACUGAGAGACAAUAUUCAUCGUAGGACGGUUUUAGACUGGACAAGGCGGAAGAGGAUAGCCUUAGGUUCGGCUCGGGGGCUUGUAUAUUUGCAUGAACAGUGUGACCCGAAAAUCAUUCAUCGUGAUGUCAAAGCUGCCAAUAUUUUGUUGGACGAAGAUUUUGAGGCCGUUGUUGGAGAUUUUGGGUUGGCGAAGCUUUUAGACCACCGGGAUUCUCAUGUAACCACCGCAGUUCGUGGUACCGUUGGUCACAUUGCUCCGGAGUAUUUAUCAACAGGUCAGUCAUCAGAGAAGACGGAUGUAUUUGGGUUUGGAAUCUUGCUCCUUGAGCUAAUCACGGGUCAGAAGGCCUUGGAUCUCGGACGAGCUGCGAAUCAGAAGGGCGUAAUGCUCGAUUGGGUAAAGAAGCUACAUCAGGAAGGCAAACUUAGCCUGCUGGUGGAUAAAGAUCUAAAGGGAAAUUUUGACAGGAUUGAGUUAGAAGAAAUGGUUCAAGUUGCCCUGUUAUGCACUCAAUUCAAUCCGUUACACCGACCGAAGAUGUCUGAAGUACUAAGGAUGCUAGAAGGUGACGGUUUAGCUGAGAAAUGGGAAGCCUUGCAAAUGGUAAAGACGCCAAAGUUGCAAUCAUGCGAUAACCCUCCGCAACGAUACUCGGAUUUCGUAGAAGAAUCAUCGCUUGUGCUCGAAGCCAUGGAGCUUUCUGGUCCUAGGUAACACAAUGUUUGCCUUCAAAACUUACUCGAUAUAUCUGAGCUCUGAAAUUCGAAAAGUAGGCAAGUGCUGUUGAUAGUUGUGGAAUAUGCCUGUAUUCAUCUGUAAAAACACGAAAAUCAUGUAAAGUUUGUCGUUGUGUGAGUUUGAUUGUCAAGAAAUUUUGAUAAAAU